UGUGGGCGUGCGUGCGUGUGUGCGUGUGUGAAUGACUUAGAGAAGUUGUGAAGAGAUGAGUGUCUGUUAUCAGUGGAGAAGCUGUGUGUGAAGAUGAAGCUCCUACUCAGCAGUCUGCUACUUGCCUCUCUCUGUGCCCUCUCGUCUUGGAGUGUUUCAUCAGACACACAUGUUGUUACCCAGACUACUGAUGUCUCUGUCACGGAGGGGGAGGCAGUCAACAUCACCUGCUGCUGGACACGCCAGCUCGGACGAGUGGGAGUAAAUUGGCUGAAGAAUCAUAUAAAUGAGACUAUAAAUGAGACUGCAAUAAUUCAGACUGAAAUUUUCAGCUGGAAGAAUCACUCUCAAGGAUCUCUGCAAAAGGAAACAUCUAACUGCUCCCACUUGAUCUUAACGAAUGUCACAAGAGAGGAUUCUGGGAGAUACAUCUGCAAGGUGUCUGUGGAGAUACCAUCUUUAAGUGUGGUUUUUGGAGAUGGCACGGUCAUCACAGUUAGAGAUAACACCUCCACAAAGAACAACGCAGCAGAAGAUCCCACCAGUGGUCUACCGCUCCCCGUGGUCAUUACCCUGGCUGUGGUGGCUCCGCUGCUCCUUAUCACUCUCGCGUGUUUCUGCACUCUGCGUAGGAUACAAGGUUCACAAGCAGCCAGGGUGAUCUACGAGGUUCCCCACAUUGACUCGGAGGAGGUAGAAAUGGACAAAACCAGCACGGGCUCCUCCAGAGGUUCUUCUCAGUGGUGUCAGGUACCAGUGUAUGAAUCCUUCGAUUACUUUGAACGUGUCCAGACCAAAGAAAGCGGAUGAGGAUCUAUCUGCUGAGGGGCAUUUUCCUCAUCUUCCAGUAUUUUCUGUCUUCACUUUUCAGCCUGAAUAUAUACACAGUAAUGUAUCCAUUUGCCUUUACCUGACUUAUGUAAAUGAUUCCAGAUGAGUGUAAAUAUUUUAUAUUUUUCUAUAAACUCUAUAAAGUCUUAUCCGUCUCUGU